AUGGCUUUAGCUCGUGAAGCACAAGAACAUCGAAAUGCAGCGUCAGAUCCAUUUACACGUCGUCGUUGUGCACCAACACUUGUAACAAAAACACCACAAGUCAAUGCGAAAGCUGAUUUAUUGCGAGAACUACAACACGAACGACGUGCAGCUGAAGCAGCAGCAAUGAAAAAACAACUUGAUGAACAACAUUUAUUAGCUGAAAAAAAUAAAUCUUCGACAACGACAAAUACGAUAACAAAAACAACCACAGAUAUAACAGAUCAAACCCUAACAGAAAAAAGUUUUUCAACAAUGACAACUGGUGAACGUGGUUCAUUUACAUCAUUUUCCGAACAUAAUGACGAAAUGUUUACAUCUCAUGAUUUUGAACUUGAUCUUAAUAUAAAACUUUUUCCAGAUUAG